AUGAAUACACGGACUGUCAAUGUUCUCUUCAUCAUCACAACUCUUGUAGCUUUCCUGGACACUGGACUGAUGUUUGCACUUCCUAAUAACCUAGAUCAACAAAAGGUGGAUGACACCAAUAAUACUUACCCGUCGGACAUUAAUGAUACUUACCCGUCGGACACCAAUGAUACUUACCCGUCGGACAUUAAUGAUACUUACCCGUCGGACACUAAUGAUACUUACCCGUCGGACAUCAAUAAUACUUACCCGUCGGACACUAAUGAUACUUAUCCGUCGGACAUCAAUGAUACUUACCCGUCGGACACCAAUAAUACUUACCCGUCGGACAUUAAUGAUACUUAUCCGUCGGACACCAAUGAUACUUACCCGUCGGACGUUAAUGAUACUUACCCGUCGGACAUUAAUGAUACUUACCCGUCGGACAUUAAUGAUACUUACCCGUCGGACACCAAUAAUACUUAUCCGUCGGACAUUAAUGAUACUUACCCGUCGGACACCAAUAAUACUUACCCGUCGGACAUUAAUGAUACUUACCCGUCGGACACCAAUAAUACUUACUCGUCGGACACCAAUAAUACUUACCCGUCGGACAUCAAUAAUACUUACCCGUCGGACACCAAUAAUACUUAUCCGUCGGACACCAAUAAUACUUACCCGUCGGACAUUAAUGAUACUUACCCGUCGGACACCAAUAAUACUUACCCGCCGGACAUCAAUGAUACUUACCCGUCGGACAUCAAUGAUACUUACCCGUCGGACAUUAAUGAUACUUAUCCGUCGGACACCAAUAAUACUUACCCGUCGGACAUCAAUGAUACUUACCCGUCGGACAUUAAUGAUACUUACCCGCCGGACAUCAAUGAUACUUAUCCGUCGGACAUCAAUGAUACUUACCCGUCGGACACUAAUGAUACUUAUCCGUCGGACAUGAACGAUACUUACCCGUCGGACAUUUACACUUAUAGAUGGGUCCUGGUGUGGCGCUACAGUUAG